GGGGCUUGGGUCGGAGCUCAUGUCCUAGAUUGCCGAAGAUGACAGCUUUGAAAUAGCAAACCAACUAUUACAAACCCCCGCCAAUCUACACAAUCAACCUUUUCAUUCUGAUUGCAAUUACCAUGGAAUCAUGACCAUAUUUCGCUCUGCUACUUCAAAAUCGAAGUCGAAUAUUUACCCAGAGGUCCUGGCAAGAUGAAGAGCCCGAGCCGGCGGCUUGUACUGCCAUUGUUUAUUCGUAAGGUUUCCAACAAUUUCUUCCGAGCUCGAGAGUUACUAAUUUGAUACAUAUAGUUAGUUGGCAGUUUUUUUUUCAAAUAUGUUAUGCGCAGGCACAUGAGGAAGAGCUAGGGGCAUCUCUCACGGCGGAGGAGAGUCCAAAGCCAUCUUUUCAAGCUCAACCAUCUACAGCUCAAGAAUCGCAUCGAGCACCUAUAAUAAAGAACACAGCCGGUAAGGACUGAGUUUGCAUGCCUUGGUUUACUAUCUGCUAACAUACUGUAAGAACAUGAGCUAGUUGACAAAGCUAUACAUUCUCUCCAAAGUUACGAACGAUCGCAUCCACGCCCUACCUCCAACCCUUCCGGAAUUGUUAAAACGUUGACGCAAUAUGUUGUUGCAAGUCUUCCAAGAUUGGUUCAAGGACCACCACCAGAUGGGAAGAUUCCAGCGCAUCACCAAGCUCCAGGCCCAGUCGCAGAAGCAGUACAACUCUUGGAGCAAGCAGCCCAUGUCAAUAACUCCGAUGCGAUCUAUCUUCUAGCGCAAAUAAAUUUCUAUGGAAACUAUUCAUACCCCAAGGACUAUAGCGAGGCAUUCAGAAGAUAUCAUCAAUUGGCAUCAUUGGAUGGCAAUAGCUCGGCACAGCACAUGGUUGGAUUUAUGUAUGCGACAGGAAUUGGAGGAGCGGUAGAGCAGGAUCAGGCAAAGUCUUUGCUUUACCAUACAUUCGCCGCCGAAGGAGGAAAUACAAGAUCCGCGAUGACCCUUGCUUUCCGCCAUCAUAGUGGAAUUGGUGUGCCGAGAAGUUGCGAUUUGGCGAUUAAAUAUUACAAGGAAGUGGCGGAUAAAGCAGUUGAGUGGUAUCGAUCCGGUCCGCCAGGAGGUAUGGCAUAUGUUCAAGACUCGUAUCAGCUUGCAGAUGAAAAUGGCGGAAUCUAUGGUGAAGGAGCAAGUUUUAGUAGUGCUGGACAAAAUGCAAAGAGCGGAGGGCCAAGCUCAGAUGCUCAUGCAGCAUUAGAUGAUGUUCUAGAGUAUCUUGACUUGAUGUCUAGAAAAGGCGACUUCAAGGCUACUUUUAGCUUGGGGCGUAUUCAUUAUGAUGGUCAAAAAGGGCUUCCGCGAAAUUUGAAGAGUGCGAAAUGGUAUUUCACGAAGGUAGCAAAGUUAUAUUGGACGAGAAGUGGAAAAAUCAUCGAGAACGAUAAACCUCAACUAGACAAGAUUGCUGCCAAAUCCGCAGGCUAUCUAGGACGGAUGUACCUCAGGGGCGAGAGUGUGGACCAGAGCUAUGAAAAGGCUCAGACUUGGUUUGAACGCGGUAUCAAAAAUGGUGAUUCUGGUUCUCAGUAUGGAAUGGGUUUGAUGUACCUGCAUGGCCUUGGAGUACCAAAAAAUUCUGUAUUGGCACAACAAUACUUCAAAGCUUCUGCUGACCAAGACUAUGCGCCUGCGCAAGUUAGCCUAGGGGCUAUGUACCUGGAUCAAGGUACUGAUAACGACAUUAAGGUUGCCAAUCGAUAUUUUGAACUGGCAGCACGAUAUGGUAAUAUUGAAGCUUACUACUAUCUCGCCGACCUUAUAAACCAGGGAGUUGGCCGAGAUCGAAGUUGUAACUUGGCAACUGCAUACUACAAGAACGUUGCAGAGAAGGCAGAACCACUUCUGACGUCCUUCGCCGAAGCGAACAGUGCCUAUGAGCAAGGCGAUUACGAAUUAGCUUUAGUUGGUUAUAUGCACGCGGCAGAACAAGGAUACGAAAAAGCACAAUCAAACGUUGCAUAUAUCAUUGAUGAACAAAAGUCGAAAUUGACUGUACCUUCCUGGCUGACUCUUGCAUCCACCCCAAGACCGAAAUUGUUACAAAAUUCGAAACUUGCGCUGCUCUAUUGGACCAGAGCUGCCAAGCAGGCAAAUAUAGACGCUUUAGUCAAAAUGGGUGAUUACUAUCUUUACGGUAUCGGCACCCCAGUCGACUUGGAGAAAGCUGCAGCUUGUUAUACAGCAGCAUCUGAGUUUCCUCAAAGUGCCCAAGCAUUAUACAACUUGGGCUGGAUGCAUGAAAAUGGUGUUGGCCUUGAUCAGGAUUUUCAUCUCGCGAAGAGAUAUUACGAUCACGCUUUGGAGACGAACGAAGAGGCAUAUCUACCCGUGACCCUCAGUUUGUUGAAACUACGCAUCAGAAGUGCAUGGAAUUCGUUUACUCAUGGCAAGAUCAAUUCGAUUAUCGAUGAACCAAGUAAGUUAUUUAAAGUCCAAAUAUUGGAGACAAGGUUUUUAACAUACCACAGCUCCUCGAAAGCAAUGGUCAUUAGGGGAAUGGAUUAGCAAUUUCCUCCAAGAUGAUCACCCAUACUACGCCGACUAUGACGCAGAUGAUGCUUAUAGUUCAGUACAUGAUCCUAUGCCGGGUGGUGAUGCGGAUGGACUCUACGAUGACAUCCUAGAUGAUGGAUUGGUAGAAAGUCUUAUUAUUAUUGGCUUAGCAGCCGCAUUGGUGUUCUUAAUAGUAUAUAGACAGCAGAGACAGGAAGCGCAUCGAAUGGGCGAAGGAGCAGCUGCGAAUGCCCAACAAAAUGCACAACCGCUUAACGGAGAGGUUCCGAAUAGGGGACUCUUCCCUAGGCCAGGUGAUGCGAAUUUUGAUGAUUGGGUGGCGGGUGGAGUGGGACAUUAACAAAGUGGGUGCAGGAGUUUGAAAGGAAAGAACUGUAAUUAAGCAUGUACGUACAGUAAUAUGAAUGCAAAUGGAAAUAUGAAUAUGAAGCAAUGAGAUGAUGAGAUGAUGCAGUUGGAUGUGCUAGGUUUGCGCCUGGUUGUUUCUUGGUUACCGGCAUCACA